AACAACCCACAAACCUCUCAUUUUCCACUUAAGGCAGCCAUGCCCUACUCUACAGUUGGUGCCGCCGACAUCACUAACGGAGUCACCUCCGUUGACUGCCAGAAACAAGUCCGGUCAUGGCGUCUCCUUCGUUCUCUGCUAGAGCUCCUCAUUCCCAGCUGCAACUGCUUCUUCAUAGAAGGCCAAGAAAUCAAACGAGAAAAUCACCUCCAUAAUUUCUAUCAUACUCCAAAACCCAACUUCACUUCUCCAACCACAAUCACCGGCACUAUUUUCGGUUACCGUCGGGGAAAAGUAAGCUUUUGUAUCCAAGCAAACUCCAAUUCCAGCAACCCAAUUCUCCUCCUUGAAUUCGCCGUCCCAACCACCGUUUUGGCCAGAGAAAUGCAAGGUGGCAUCCUCCGGAUUGCGCUAGAAUCCACAGGAGGACACAACACAAAUUCUCAGUCACUUUUAUCCAUGCCGGUGUGGACUAUGUAUUGCAAUGGAAGGAAAGUCGGGUAUGCAAUGAAACGCAGACCAUCGAAAACCGAUAUGGAUGCGCUGAGGCUGAUGAGUUCGGUGGUUGUUGGGGCGGGAAUGAUCAGCGGAAAAGAACUGGAUCAUGAUGAUGAACUCAUGUAUCUGAGGGCCAACUUUGAGAGAGUUCGCAGCUCGUCGGAUUCUGAGUCCUUCCAUUUGAUUGACCCAGAAGGAAACAUCGGUCAGGAACUUAGCAUUUUCUUUUACCGGUCAACGUAAAUUAAAGUUUUUACUCACUACUUCGAUAAUUGGACUAUACAAUAAGAAAAUAAGUAUGUUUUUUUCUCCAUUUCUUUCCAUCAAUUUCAAGAUUCAAUUUCAAGAUUUAAAUUUGAGAUCUCUAAUAUAGAUUUUUAAUUUUUAACUACUUGAAACAUCUUUAAGCAAUAACUUAUGUGAAUUAAAGUUGAUUUUUCCCCUUUGGAGAAGUAAUUGGGGUUUUUUUUAAGGGAAGGCAAGUUCCCUUUGCCAGUUUGCCCCAAUAGGGUUCAUACAAAUAUUCUGGGGAUGCCCUGGAGUGUUUGGGGUUUGUUGUAUAAUAACCAGUUUUUGUCUACCUUUUUAAGCUGUGCUUAUAUUAUGCAUAGCUUUGUUAAUUUGGUACAGCAAGCUUGUAUAUAUAUUUCCAGUGAAAUAAUAUAAGAAUAUGUUUUGUGCAUGGUAAUGUUACAUGGCAAUUAACCAUAAAAUAACAAAAAAAAUUUGUUACAUGGCAAUUAAAUCAAUUUCAUUUUUUUUCCUUUGUAAAACUUUGAGUGGUGCUGUGGGGCGGUUUGUUCAAAACGGGGAUGAUGUUUGUUGAGCUGUUUGUUUGCAAAACUUUGAGCUGUUUGUUUGUUGAUUCCUUUUGUCCGUUUCCCUACGAAAUGGACAAGAGAGCGUGUGUAGUGUUGUGUCAUGUGUGUGCACUGUGAAGUGUGCACAUGAGAGCAACAUUGGUUUUAGGUGAAACUUUAGGGAGAUAAUGGCUAGAUUUAAUAUUUGCUUUAUUAAUUAUAUGAUAUUAAUUCUUCUUUUUCUACAUAUGAAUGAUUCCAAAGUUGACAAAUGAAUUUAGUUUGUUUUUACAAUUUUGCCUCUGAGGCUUCAAACUUACUUUUAGGUUAAUCAAGUCCUUAUGUUAGU